GCCGUGUUGUUGCGCCCGGCGCGGCCCGGCCCGGCCCUUCCCAGCCCGCUCCCGGCGCUCCCGCCCCUGCCGCCGCCCCGGGCUGCCCUGGGACACCGAGCUCGGCGGCGGCGGCUCUGAGUGCCAGGGCCCGGCAUGGCACUGCGCCGCCCUUCGCCCGCGGACCGUUGGCCGUAGCCGCGGCGGGCUGCCCGGCUGAUGAGCGGACGAGAAAGCAUCACUUUCCUACUGUGCUACGACGUCCCAACUCUCCCUGAUUUUGCAAAAGCAGAUGUCUGACCAUCCUGUAGGCAUGGCUCAUUUGAGAGAAUUUGCCAGCCAGCACUCCAGGGUGGAUCCUGAGGAGCUGUUCACCAAGCUGGAGCGGAUUGGCAAAGGAUCAUUUGGUGAAGUGUAUAAAGGGAUCGACAACCGCACCAAGGAGGUGGUUGCUAUCAAGAUCAUUGAUCUGGAGGAGGCUGAGGAUGAAAUUGAGGACAUUCAGCAGGAGAUUACGGUGCUCAGCCAGUGUGAUAGUCCCUAUAUCACCCGAUACUAUGGCUCCUACUUGAAGGGCACUAAGCUGUGGAUAAUCAUGGAGUACCUAGGGGGAGGUUCAGCCCUGGAUUUGCUGAAGCCAGGACCCCUGGAGGAGACUUACAUAGCUACUAUCCUGAGAGAAAUCUUAAAGGGCUUGGAUUAUCUACACUCUGAGAGGAAGAUCCACAGGGACAUCAAAGCUGCCAACGUGCUACUUUCGGAACAAGGAGAUGUGAAACUGGCUGACUUUGGGGUGGCUGGACAAUUGACAGACACGCAAAUCAAGAGGAACACCUUUGUCGGGACUCCAUUCUGGAUGGCACCAGAGGUCAUCAAACAGUCUGCUUAUGACUUCAAGGCAGACAUCUGGUCCCUUGGAAUUACAGCCAUUGAACUAGCAAAGGGAGAGCCUCCCAAUUCUGACUUGCAUCCUAUGAGGGUUCUCUUCCUGAUCCCCAAAAAUAACCCUCCAACACUGGAGGGUCACCACAGCAAGCCCUUCAAGGAGUUUGUGGAGGCCUGCCUCAAUAAGGACCCUAGAUUUAGGCCGACAGCUAAAGAGUUGCUAAAGCACAAGUUCAUCACACGCUACACCAAGAAAACCUCAUUCCUAAUGGAGCUGAUAGAUCGAUUCAAGCGCUGGAAGUCGGAGGGCCAUGGAGAAGACUCCAGUUCUGGCGAUUCUGACAUUGACGGAGACACAGAGGAUGGAGACCAGGGUCCAAUCUGGACCUUCCCACCAACUAUUCGCCCUAACUCCUUGAGCAAGCUGCACAAAGGAAUGGCUCUUCAUGGCUCCCAGAAGCCUACUGAGCCCGUCAAGAGACAACCACGGUCACAAUGUCUCUCCACGCUUGUUCACCCAGUUUUUGGGGAGCUUAAAGAUAAGCACAAGCAGACUGGGGGCAAUGUGGGAGCUAUGGAGGAGCUGGAGAACGCCUUUAGCUUGGCUGAGGAGUCCUGCCCAGGCAUCUCUGACAAGCUGAUAGCACACAUGGUGGAGCGGGUACAAAGGUUUUCACACAGUCGGAACCACCUGACCUCUGCCCGCUGACACCUGCCUUCCCUGCUGCUGUUUUGAGGGGGAAGGAUUUUUUCCAGCUUCGUAAGAACUCCAUCUCUAAUCCAGACCACCAUCUGCUGUUGGAUGUAACAUUGUGUUACGGACUCCAGGACAUUUCAGAGCCUUCAUAUUACACGUGUUUCCAUGAUAACCCAGGGUGGGGUUUGCAAUGCAAGUACAAUUUAGACCUUUUGCAAAACCCAAGAUGGGUGGUCUAAUUGUUUUUACAAUGUAAUCAAUGCAGUUUUUAAUUGUUUCCCUAUGGAUGUAUCCAUUUUGGCUUGGUUUGAUUCACAGCUUACUGGUAAAUGCCUGGCUGCUGUAAAAGAGGGAGAUUCUCUUCCAUUGAGAUGUUUCAAAGGCGUCUGAUGGGUUUAGCCUCCUGCCCUUCCUGAAGAAGUGUUUGUGAGCAGUAGUGUGUGAGCACAGGGAUGUUUGGAAGCUCUCCAUGCAUUACACUAUCUGGGAAAGUUAGCGCAGCUCUCGGAUUGCUCUGGAGAACUGCUUCAGCUCCGUCACACACUACUAACAAAAAGCUUUCGAGCUCUGUCCCAGCCUGUGGUUUCCCAGGAGAUGGGUUUGCUGAUCCUACUCCUGGUGGCUCGGGGACAGCGGUUUGUAUCAGGCCUCGGUUCUUCUAAUUCAGGCAACAGCAGAACUUGCCUUGGGUCCCCAGGGUCUGGAAGGCAAAGUGGUUACACUUGGUUUGGGAGCUGGUGGAGUUCCUUUCCUCGGUGCUUUCUGCAACUGAAGCAACUGGAUACACAGCUUUGGCAGUCCUAGUCUCUAAGCUGAGUAGAUGCCUACUGUGUGUGCCAAAGUGUUGCAGAAGGAUUAAAAAAAGAGGGCAGGGGGAACACAACAGCCAAAGGUGCUGACAGGGCUGCAGUUCAAAAGGCAGACUGAUGUUGUGUAGCAGUUCUUGAGGCAAGAAACCAGCAGUGGCAUCCCCGUGGUGUGGCUGGGCGCAAAAGCUGCUCUAGGCCUCCAUCCCUGCUGCUUCUCAGCUUUCCCUUUCUGGCUCUUUUUUCAGCCCAGGAUCUAAACUCACCAAAGCCAGGGCUCUGCUCCAGUUGAUGGGCUGUGCUGGUGUUUGCUAGUAGAGAAAUUAAAGCAUCUGCUGCCAUCAUUGGCUGCUUAAGAUAUACCAGUGGAGCCAUCCCAACUAGCUUUGCUUUCUGAAUAGGAAUAAUUUGUAAAGCAAAUCUUUAAUUCAGGUAAAUGCACAGUUCUUAAAUCUAUACUUUAAAGGUUUAGUAAAAUAGACUUGGGAAAAUAACUUCUGAUAGCUGGUUGCUUAGAGAUCUGCUCUCUAACCAUAUGGAUAUUCCCAUUAAGUCAGCAAGACCUUAGAUAUCCAGGUCUUUCUGUCUGGGUGUUUGUGUGUGAAUGAUGUGGCUCACCCCAAAGCCACUGAGAACAAAAGCUGUAGCUGUUCAGCGUUUUUUGUAAAAGACAGGCCACUUUGAUAGUAGCAAGGCUUGAUUUUUGGUACUUUGAUUCAGAGCUGCAGAUUGUUAAGUGCUGGGCUAAAAGUAGCUCAAAAGAACCACAGGUUCCCUCACCCCGGGGUGCGGUGUUCACUUCAGCUCAUGACUCUCCUUUACUCUUCCUCUCUGAGGGAUCAGUGCAGCCUCGGCACACGCCAGGAGCUUGUCCAGUAGAGCAGAGAUGUUGCUGUUUGAUCUGGCUGGAGAUCUGCUGCGGAGUGGUUUCUCAGCGCUGAGAGCCAUCUUGGAGCCUGCAUUUAAGAAGAACAGAACAAACCCAUUUUUUUCCUCAGGAGGAGGAGUUAACGUAUAGACAGAAAACAUCCUGAGGUGGAAGGCAGAGGCUGCAGUGCAGCAGAAAGGUGGCUGAAGGGCUCCUGCUGCUUUUAAAGUUGCUGUUCAUGACGGUAGCAAAUCGUGUCAAUAAGGUACCUUGUAUUAUUACUCACGUGCACUGCAGUGUAAUGAGUAAACUUUUUAAAGGAAACAAUCCCCACAAACUUUGUCCAGUAUUCAAAGCAACAAUGGUUUUAGUUUUUAAAAACAUUGAAAGGGGUCUGCCACUUUCAAUAAAGUAACAAAACAAAUGA